AUGCAUUUCCCUACCAUUCUCUCCAGCAUCGCUGCCUUCUCCACUGCCGUCGCCGCAGUCCCCACGGAGAAGCCCUACGUCGGCGUCGCCAUCAUGACUUACAACGGCGACGACUCCCUUCCCAUGAACGUCCCUCUCGGCGUUCUCACCCACGACAAGAGAAAGGUUACCGAGAUCGAAAUCGCUCGCGUCUACUCCACCGUUGAUGGUGUCAAGGCUCCCAAGACCGACCAGGUCACUUGCCAGAUGUACAAGGACCAGUACGGCACUGUUCCCGCCAGCAAGGACUUUACUGCCAAGAAGGGCGCUGUUAUCAGCACCAAGGGUGUCGACUUCGGAUGGAUUCUUUGCCGUGUCAAUGCUUCCAAGUAG